CGUAAACACGCGUCGCAACGACGCUCACGGCACGAGAUACAGACGAACAUAAACAAAUACAUACGUGAUAUACCUCAACAAACUUUUUAUAUAGUAUGCAAUGUGAUUUGGGUAUCAUCCAUAAGUUGCCGCAUAGGGUUAAAGAUGAAGUCGUGGACGGCCCACGAGCAGGACACGACCCUCUCCUGCUGCCGGACUCUGCACGUCAAACACGCAGCAUAUGCAAGUGCCCUCUACACACUGAAUAUAUCCAUAUUGGUGGUGCUGUUGUAUAGUUGGAGGAUUGGCGUUAAUGCGAAGAGGUAUAAGGAACUGGACGAUGUUUAUUACGGUGUACAGAUAGCAUAUUUUGCAAUAAUAGGAACGCAGAUGUUCAUGAUUGUUCUGAGCAUAUUUCUCUUCUAUGGAAUUUAUAAAGAAAAUAUCGCGUUUCUUGUGCCGUGGGUGGUUGGAUGUAUGACGUUCAUGGCACUGGAGGCGAUGGCCAUGGUGUACUCCAAUAUACUUAGAGAUCAUGUUAACAAGCAAUUCGACGCCAUGUGUAAGGCGGAAAUAUCUUUUUUAAUACCAAGGAUAUUUUUGAAUUGUUUAUGCAUAUGGUGCGUACUAAGGCUAUAUCACUUGCUCCGCGCCGGAGUUACGUGGAAAGGCGCAGCCGCCAUCGAACUGUGACUACUACCGCCGGACCAGCUCCCGCCCUCUGAGUCACGAAAUCGAGACUCGCUUUCCCGUCAGUCGGUUCCUUGCGAGUCCACUCUUCUACUCGGAGGCGCGGAGAGCGACACCGACGCGAGUCUACAUUCGCUCUGACGGCGCGUCGCUCUAUUUACAAGAACGCUGCUGUGACAGAGUUGUGACUAUUACAUGAUAAUAUUUAUUUUUGAAUCAAAUUUGAAUUUCGAACUCAGUCGAGUAUAUGUUUUGUUAUUGCAAACAAGUGAACUUGAUCUUCCUCUGCACCGGAGUUAUGUGGAAAGUAGAGCCGCUAUCGAACUGUGACUACUACCGUCGGACCAACUCCUGCCAUCUGACUCCAAGAAUGGAGAUUCGCUUUCCCGUCAGUCAGUUCCUUGCGAGUCAAAAGAAAAGCGACACUGACGCGAUUUUUGCAUCA